GCCACGAAAGCGCGCGAGCUCACGAGCCAUUCUGUGUUCGAGUGCGUUCGAGUUCCCAAUGGCUUAGUGGGCGAAUGGUUUUAUGAGCGGCGUCGGUCAUCCCGUCACUGUCCUUACUCAAUUCUUCGCGUGUGCCGAUGGACGAGACCAACUUUCUAGACGACACAGACUUGUCAUCGCUGCACACAAGUGAACCGCGAGCAACUUCUACAGUUCUACCUGACCAGCGGAUUCGUCUGACUCGCCCAUCAUGCGGCGACAUUGCCACGAGCCUCUUUCACGAUCCCAGUGACAGUGACUCAUCUCUGGGCCUUUUAACCAGCAAUGAUUGCCUAGAUUUCAGCCUUCUGGAUACAUCUACACGGUUGCCUGCUGCUGAACAGGUCGUAAUGGAGGGGACACCUUCCAGGAGCAGCUCCAAGUACCUGAGGGAGCGUUUUGAUGUAUCGGAGACUGAUGUUGAUGCUCAGGCUGCCUUUGAAGAAAGCUUCACGGAUGAUGCUGCUGAACAAAUCCAACAGGAUGAGCAGCAAUUCAACGAAGAGCAUCUGUUGGAUGCCUAUGAAGAACCUUCAUCGAUGCGCUCCUGUGGAAGUUCACAGGACGCUGAAAUCAGCCGUCCGUCGUGGAUGUCCAGCGGUGGGGAUGACCGCGUAACCAUCAGUGCAUACCUGCGAAGUCGGUCAGCACCGGUGAAAGAAAUGAUGGCAUUCUCGCGAGCACCUCCUGUUCUCGAAGAGCCUGAAAAGGAGUCUGCAGCCUCUGAUCAGCUGUCCAUCCAAGAUCUCGUUGAACAACAGCUUGGACUGAGGAAGUCCACCUGCAGUGAGCAGUAUGAAGAUGAGUCGCAAGACUGCAGUCUAUUGUCGCAGCACUCAGCGUCGGGCGUAGACCAUUCCCUGGAAGAUGCAUCCUCGAGCAGGUCAAAAACGCUCGCCAACAAACGUGCUGGUGCCGGUCAUCUUGGCCCUGAAGCUUCCAAGCAGGACUUGCCACUCUACAGGCAGGCUCAGGGGGAUGGUUAUUUCAAGCGCCCUCUAGGUGCAGCCCCUCGUGCUAGAGCAUCUCAGAUCUCCACAGGGUCAGCCUCGUCUUCUGCAUCACAGUCUCAUUCCUCGGGCCUGGGGUCCAUGAGUGCAUCGACAGUGUCACGGACUGUUUCACACAUUUCGUCGUCUCAAAAAAAGGACAGGUCACAGCUUCCGAUCCGCAGCAGGGGGCCACCACUUAGCGCUGGAAGCCAGAGUGUUUCGCUGAAAUCGCCAUCAAGGCUUCGUCACAAGGUGUCUCCCAUUUCCUCUAAGGUCAGUCGCGGUCCCCGCAGCAUGAAUGGCGGUGUCAAGCACUCUCAGCGUGCUGGUGACUCACAAAUGCAGUUGGGAAGUGUACAUCACAGGCUGUCGUCACUCAGCAGUCCAGAUCUGAGGACACUUAAAAGUGGAGGCAGGGACCGACAACCCCCAGUGGCGAUAAGCACGUGCCAAAGUGAUGAAAAUCUUUUCGUUCCUCAAAGAGACCAGGACACAAUGAAUGAGAGUCAAUUACUAGCCAGGGAGCAGUUUGGUCAUUUCAGCACUCCCAAGAAUCCGGAAGCUGGCAGCAUCCAAGCACCUUUAUUCAGCUCGGUGUCCUCACACUCGCAGUCAUGGUCAGAACCACCAGGCCUGCUGGUUCCAUUGGGCUUUGUUGAGCCAUCACGAGUAAGCCUUGGUACUAUUUGUGCUGGAGCACCACAGGAUGUUGUGCUUGCAUUGAUAAAUAUAACAGAAAAAAGCCAGUGCUACCACAUCCAACAACUUGGCUCAAGCAUUGGUGGGCGCGUACCCAAGCACUCCGAGACUGUCAACGCACAAUUUCCAGGCCAGCACAACGUGCCUGGUCUGUGUGUUGCAAAAAUUCAGGGCUCCUUCCUCUCCUUGAGUCCUGGUGCUGUAGAAAUAACGGUGGGCAUUGUGGCCGAAGACAAGACUGGCCGUGGUUAUCAAAACCAACAGAGGGUGACUCUGGUCGCUCAGGUAGAGCAGCCAUGCAUUACCUUGGAGCCAACCCAGACCAUCAACUUCGAAGGUCUGCAUUUUGAUGCAGAACAAAUAAGCGCGAGCAGCGGUGCUAGCCAGGAAGUUACCGUCAUCAACAAAAGCUCCUGCGCCGUGCCUGCCAUAGUUCGCAUACUUGGGGGCAAAGGAAUGUUUUCUGUGAGGCUCAAGAAUGCUGAGGGCACCAAGCAGGGUCAGGCUGCUACAGCGCUGUCUGUUGUUUUUCCAAGCAAAGAGGAGCAGGCUGCCACCUCCUUCAUCGUGGAGUGCUCUACGCAUAGUGCAGACUGCCUCACUGUGCAAGCCAAAAUGGAGGUGAAGUUGGAUGGCUCCCUACUCACUCGCAAGAUUCUGGCAGGAGUUGGCCUUUGCGCAUCAGUUGAGCCACCAUCACUAACACUGGAACAUGUUGGCACAUCCAAGCCCUUGGAAGUGUGUUGUGGCAGAGGACGUGCUACUAGUGUCUGGCUAAGAAAUGGUGGCCCGUGUCCUCUGGACUUGGAGAUGUCUGCUGGACCACUCUUCCACGUGAGCCCCGAGAGGUUCAGGAUUCAAGCUGUGGCCAACAUGGAGCUGCUUCUAAGUGUGGCAGAUUCUGCUGGAAGAAUUGGGACACGUGCCGCUGACACCAGGUGUGAAGGCAUCCUGGAAGCCACUGUCAUGCCACAGGGCUUCAAAGUGACCCUUGUCAGAUUGGUUGGCUCCUAUGAGCAACACACUGCAUCGGGUGCCACAGCAUUGUCUGGUGCUUCAAAGCGCAGCCAGGCCAGUGACUGCAAGACGUUUUUGACCUUGGAGAGCAACCGCAAAGUUCUGUUGUGGGCACAAAUCCACAACUUGGCAUCUGAGACAAAGACUCUGAAGAUUAGGAACCCAAAUCCAGAACCUGUAAACGUGGAGCUUUCAGUCUCCAAACCAUACAACAAGCUAUUCCAGGUGAAAGUAGCAGAAGCUGGAGAUGCGACGUGUGCGUCAUCCCAUGUGUGCUUGGAAGCUGGUGCAAGCGUCGACAUCGACGUCACUCGCACCAACUGGAGCGGCCUUGUGGCGACAGGAGCAAGCUUUGUUGAGUCAAGGCUGGUCAUCAAAAGCCACAGUGGUAGUUACACGGACAAUAAGAACGUGGCACUGUAUGCACUUGGUGGCGAGCUGAAGGUGGAGUUUCGUGGCACGCACUGCCUGGGUCUAGCACGCCACCUAGUGGACAUGGGCGUGCCAUUAGCAGCAGGCACUGUGUCAACCCAUGAAUUCACUCUUGUCAACAGUGGUGAUUGGGACGCAUUUGUCUACCUUGCAACUCCGGGCAGCCCACUUCUAGACACUCCAAAAGAAGCUUCAGACAAGGGGGGCCGAGGCACAAUUUCAGUGACUCCAUCCUGUUUUGUUCUACGCCGCAAGAAGGCCAAGACGGUGUCACUGACCUACAAGUUUGGAGCCAUUGACAUGCAGCUGUGUGCCGGGGGGCAAAUUGGUACGCUGGCAGUCGUCCGGGUGCUCUUCGGCAUUGAAGCACUUCGGCAGGCAGCCAAGAGAGUGUUUUCCAAGUCCUCAGGAUCCAAGCGCCAGCCAUCAGAAGUAAUGUUGCCCUUCCUUGGAUCGUUCGAGAAUGAGGGCAAAAUAGAUGAGGUCAGAUUGUCUGCAAGCCUGGUGGAGCAGGUGUUCACAAAGACCGUCUCUCAGGCAGUUGUUGCGGUCAUAGCCAGCGGUGGUGCCACGGCAGAACUUAUCCAGUCAUCUACUGAGGCCUCUUUUGCACCCCUGGAAGACCUAACCUUUCUGAGCCGACUGAGCCUCUCCGAACUUCCUGAAUGAGGCAUUCCAUUGGACUACUUGUAUGCCUGUGCCCUGCAACCUGAAACAGGCUUGUCAAUGUCUCAGAAUGCAUUUGCUCGAGUUGAAAAAAACAGCCGUUGAUGGAACCAAAGCUGGUGCUUGGUGCUCUUCCUUUCUGAAACACCUUGGUUUUUGUGAAGUUGGUCCAUGUGAAGUUAGGACUUUAAGAUCCUUUCAACAUAAAUAACUUUGCAAAUAACAUUGAGUGGGUGGUUUAUGAAGCUAAGAAACCAAUAAGUAACGAUGCACCGUAACAUUAUGCCUAGUGGUUGAUGAACAGUCAUAAAAACUAAAUUUUAUCUGGGGUAGGAUUCCAUUUCAAGUAGCAAUAAGAAUACUGCUUUCCCAUUGUUGCAGAAACAUAGUAGUAGUAAAAAUACUGAGCACCAUUCCCGGCUCUUGCUCCCAUGCAAACUGAAUAGUGAAAGCAUAAAAUUGAGGAUAUUGUAUAGUUGGCAUCAAUUUUUUCUUGAAACCCUAGGUAGUUUUGAGAUUUUAGGCUACUGCACUAUUAAAGAAAAAGUUCAAAAAUUUUUAUGAUUAUCAUAAUUAAUUUGGAAUAUGUCGUUAGCAUAGGUGAAGUGCGCACACACACACAAAAAGUACAGACAAAAAAAAGUUACUGUCGAAGAGACAAACAGGGCCUGCAGUCCCAAUUAGUAGUAAGUGCCAUCUAUAUGGCUGUCAUCAUGGCAGUUAUUAUUGUGCCUGUCAUGUGAGUGGAAGGCACCCAACACUGCAAUAAAUAAGGAAAUGCUCUGACAAGAAAUAUUGUGAAUGUGAGCUUGGACUCUUUGUUCAUGUUCAGUAUUCUUGUAACUGUACAACAUUUUUUGAAGUGGCACCCUUGAUUGGGAUGAUGUAGCAAUUCUAUUGCAAUUAUUUUUAUUUAUUCACAUCAAUAAUGGUCAGAGCAGGACUAAUGAAUCUUAUCACCCAGAUUGGCCAGUAAUUUAGGUGGGUCACAAGAAUGCAGAAUUGAGUGAAAGAAAGAGAUCUUGACAUGUAUAUUAACCCUGUAUUCUUAAAGGCAUUAGCAAAUGUAUGUGUUCCUUUCCAAUAUGGUUGCUCUCGGAUGAAGAUUACAUGAACGUCUGACACUUGUGCCUUGAGCACGUUGUGUGUUUGUUCUGUCCAUUUCAUUUUGUAGCGCAAAUGUAUGUAUUUAUGUUGGAUGCACAACUAGUGCUGACUCGUUUUUCAUUUUUAGUUUAUAUGUGUGUGUCACAUUGUAAAUAAUUUUGGUGCUGGUCGUACAAGUCUUUUGAUGUAUGUAUUUAUGCAACUUACUGAAGGUCCACAUUUGUAUUUUUUAAGGGACUUGGAAGUAUUUUAUCUUCAAAGUAUGUGUAGUUUUUAUUGUUUUUAUAGUUUUUGAAAUAAAAUUUCAUGACUCA